CGGAAUCGCCGUGGGCCAGCUCCUUGUCGGAAUCGCCGCGGGAGAAGAGCUAGCUGGACGCCAAAGCACACUGAGCAAUGGGGAAUGCGCUAGGAUGGGUCACUGAAUCUACGGAAGAGAAAGCCUGGAACGCUGCCAGAGACGGAGACCUCCGGACGCUUCAAGCAGCGUGUUCGUUGUCCGCAGGAGCGAUGGAAUGGCGGGAAACAGAGCGGGGCAGGUCCCCCUUCAUCAUGGCGUGCAGUCACGGCCACGUCGAGUGCGUUCGCUGGCUCGUCGACAAUGGCAUCGAUGUGUAUGGCCGAGACUACCGGGGCAAUACACCACUUCACUACGCCUGCACUCGCGGCCAGCCCACCGUUGUGGAAAUACUGAUGGCAACAGUGGACUUCACUCCGUUCACGUUGAAUGCAAAGGGGUUGAGCCCAUUGGAUUCCGCCAGGGAAAUGUUCACCGAUGCAACUGACGACAGGGACACCUCGUUGGCGGAAAGGAUCGCCACAUGUAUCGAGCUGCUGGAAGCGCGAUGCAUAGUCCAUGAUAGCUUGAUGUACGCGCGAGAGGACAACGCAUUGUCGAGCGUUAUUGGGAUUGCUGCCCUUCGAUCCUGGUCGAUCAAGCAUGCCAAAGUGUUUCGCACGAGCUCCAACAUCUUUUUGGAACUGGCGCUGUUCACCAUGCCGGACGAACUAGGGCAGCGUUCAAGUCCCGUCCCGAGCUCGACGUACCUCGUCCUUGUUGACCCAGUCAAUCGACCAACGACAUUUGUCAAGCAGGCGUCGGCGACGUCCUGGCUACGCUCGUCCAGGUCGUUUGGAUUUUCAUUGCUGGUCGGCGCCAAAACCACCGCCACGGUUCCAGCGCUCUACUGGCAGGAGUUUGCCGCCGUGGAUUUGCCGAGCUUGAAUGCGUGGACAACCUUCUUCCUCGACACCGCGGUCACAAAGGUGGCCGACCCCGCACUCUCGGUGGACCGCCAGUUUCACACACAAAUGCUCGGCCGGUCGAUUGCGUACACGUCGUACGUGGCCCCGACCGCCACCAUCCACGAGCCGCAACCAGAGGACAUCGAAGAUAGCAACGGCGUCGUCAUUGCGCAGCUCCUGUCGCUUGCGCCACGAACAACGACGUCCGCCAAGGAAUCGUCGACUGCGGUCGUGGAAUGCGUCAUUUGCUGCGACGCCCCGCAGACCGCGGUGUGCGUACCGUGCGGCCACAACGUCCUGUGCAUGAUGUGUGCAUAUGCAAUUGCGUCAUCGACUUCCCAAUGCCCCGUGUGUCGGCAAUACGUGCGCGAAGUCAUUCAAGUGUACCGGAACUAGUCGAAUCGCGUGGACUGGGCGCGACGAUCCACGGUUUGACCGCACACGCCCAUCCAGUUCAACAGAGCGCCGCCUGCAGAUCCUAGCCCAGUGGCAUGUGCUGCAGCAGGGACCGUCCAGCGCGUGCGAUGGAAGACGCCCUUGCUGUCGUGGCGCCACAUGCAUCCCGUCCCUCUACCACCAUACACAAAGCCAUUUUUGCGGCCGAAGCUAAUACAAAACGCACCAAAGAAUCGAUUCAAGGGAGACCUCGUCCGGCCGCAGUGUGCCAUGUUUAACGAGAUGUCGCAGGUCCUUCUUGGUCGCUGUUUCCGACGAGUCUGUGGCCAUCGAGGAGUCCCCGACCAUGAACCACACUCGAAGAGUAGAAAUAACGAAUUCAUUUCGAGCCCAACCGUCGAC